UUUUGAACAUUCUUUUUUUCUUUUUUUUUUGAACAAAAAAACUUUUUGAACAUUCAUAAAGCUGAAAACGACAGUAUGUUCUUGGUUAAAAACAGUGUUUUUUGCAUAAAGCCAACACCCCAUAAUUGCUUCAACAUGAGAAAUUAAUUAAAUCAUCCUUUUUAGAAUGCUCAUAUUACACACAAUCACGUAUCAUUAACGUCUUAGAUAACUAUUGUAGUGUCUGUGAAUAUGAUUCCUCUUCUCUUUAAAGUUUAAAUUUUUAUAUUUGUAAUACCAUUUUCUAUAAUAAUUUUAAAUUAUUAGUAUUGAUAUAUUAGUUUAAUACUCUAAUCCAAAAUUCUAAUAAAACAAAUAUAAAAGCACAUCAUUAUAAUUGUUUGCAAAUGUAGGUUUCCUUUUUAUAUAGUAGUGAUGUUUUUAAUUUUAAAAUACAAAUUAUGGACCAUUUUACACUGUUUAUCAUAAAUUUAGUUUCAUAUAUAUUUAGUUUUAAUACAUUUUUAAUUAUUUACAUCUUAUUUAAUUUGAUUCUUAACCAGACAACAAAAAAAAUGACAAAGCCAAAUAAUUUUCCGUAGUUUUAGAUAGUUAGCCGGCUAAAACUCUAUGAUUGACAAACAGAUAUUAUUUUUGAAGGAAGUUUAUUGUUCCAAUUGAGGCUCUUAGAAUUUGAUAUAUAUAGUCAAAAAAUUAUUUACACCCUAUUAAUUUAUCAAGUUCUUCAUUCAAAAAAUUUAUCAAGUUCUAUGUAUUACAAUUAUUUAAUAUAUAUGUGUACUCUUUAUAAUCAUAACUUUAUUAAUUAAUAAUAUUCUUCUUUCCAAUAUCAAAGUCAUCAAGUUCGAACACAACGAAGCGUAAACGUGGACGGCUGCUAGGAGUACGGAAUAAAGUGAAAAAUAUACACAAAAUUUAAUAUGUGCCAGAAGAAUAUGCGCCUCAGCGAAGAUGAGAAAGAGUUCUCUAUCUACGUCCUGAGGGUUGGCGACGGGAACCCCCUACCUACUGAGAUGAAUGAAUUUGAUGAAGAUGAAGAAGAUCAACUCAUUUUAUUGACCGAAUGUUGGUCGAGGAGCUCAGCUCAACUCCACACAAACAAAUUCUAGAAACUACUUACGGGGGAACGGACCAAUAGAAAGGAACCAAGCAAGACUAUACAGAAAGGGCUAUCCUCACACCAAGGAACGAAACGGUAGAUGAGAUAAAUGAAUACAUGAUAUCUGAAGCUGACGGUGUUUCAAAGGAAUAUCUCAGUUCCGAUAGCUUCGGUAUAAUAGACACUGACUCUGAGAACAACGAGACAUUGUACCCAGUGGAGUAUUUAAACUCAUUGAGCUUUCCAUGCCUGCCUGCACAUAAGCUUACAUUGAAAGUGGGUGCCCCUUUCAUGCUCCUAAGGAAUUUAAAUCAAAAGAAGGAGUUAUGCAAUGGAACACGUCUGAUUGUCACUUACCUAGGUGAGCGUAUUAUCCAAGGUGAAAUAGUUACAGGCUCUCAUGUUGGACAUAAAGUGUUCCUUCCAAGGUGAAUCAGUAACUAAGCAUCCGUUCACCUUAGAAAGGCGGCAAUUUCCAAUCAGGCUAUGUUAUGCAAUGACAAUUAACAAAAAUCAGGAUCAGAGUUUGAAAGGUGUCAUACUGUAUUUGCCACAACCUGUUUUCACCCAUGGGCAGCUCUAUGUUGGUCUUUCCCGAGUUACUACCAAGUCAGGCCUCAAAAUUAUACAAAGAAAGGAUCAAAAGAUAGGAAGGGUUAAAAACAUAGUCUACAAAAAAUAUACAACGGUCUACCUCACUUACCAGGUAAUCCAAUAUUAUUUGCAACACAAUACAGCAUUAUCCAAAAAUACUAAACUCCUUUCUCUCCCUCCCCCAGAAUCACGAUCAGAUGCUCACUCAGAGCAGGCUCCCCAGAAUCACGAACAACCUUCUAUACCAUAAGAUGCAAUCAACCAGUAAGUCUGGCGACCAAAAAUCUCCCUACUCAAUAAUAAAGCUGUACUAACCAAAUUCUUUUUAUCAAUAGGUCCGCCUGCAAUAGAAAGUGUCAGCUCUAUAAGACCAUUCACAAUAUACCUCGCAGACAUCAUCUACGUCUUAUCUUAUUUUAAUUAUUUUUCGUUAUCUACCAAAUUCUAUUUCCUUUGGACAAUUACUUAUUUCUACUGUCAAACUAUUUUGUUUCUACCUUCACACAUCCAAAAAAACAAAACUUAACUCACACUUUCAAACUUAACUCAAACCAAAUUUUAAUAAAACAUUACUUUAAUUACACAUGUUUCGCGCGGACACCGGCUCUAGUUAAUAAUAAAAAUUUCUAUAAAUACUCACGUCACAGUCAAUUCACCCAAGUCUGAAACAGAAAAAAAAAAAAAAGGUAAACUUCUACUAUUUUUUUAUCGUUCUUUCUAAAUUCAUACAUGUAGCUAAUCAAUUAUUGGACUUUCUUUUCACCAAGCAUGGAGGAGAUUUGACGCGUGGGCGGGUUAACCGACCUUUUAAUUGGAUCAAUUAUUAGACUUUCUUUCCGGUUUGUAAUUGGGUUGGGUUGCAUUUAUUUAUGUUUCUCAAUGUAAUAGUCGAUUGGGCUUUCUACCAAUUGAAUAAUUGACAAAAAAAAAAUUCUAUCGAUUAAAUCCAUGGUGAUUGUAACUGGGAAAAGAAACUACAACUGAAAGUGAAAACUACAAAUUAGCCGACAGAAAAAAAAAAGGAAACUAUAACAAUAUAUAUCUAGAAUGCAAUCAAUCUCCUUCGUCUCCUCCUGCGUGUGAGUUUGUCUCAAAUACUCUUCCCUGAGUUACCCUCUCUUUCAAUUCGAAUUGAUCAUCUUUGCUUACGGGAAGCGACUGUGAGCAGCCCUAAUCGUGGUUUAGGUAAAAUCGUAAUUGAUUUGGUAUGGUGGAUCUGAUCAGCAAUUUGCCAGAUGAGAUUCUUGGGAAAAUCCUGUCUUUAGUUCCGACAAAGGUUGCUGCUUCCACAUCGGUUCUGUCCAAGAGGUGGAGGAAUCUGCUGGGUCUUAUCGACAGCCUUUGCUUUGAUGAGUCAGAAGAAGCAACAAGCGGUUCACAUCGCUUCUUUGAUUUCGUAGACAAGACUUUUGCGCUGUUAAGCGAAUCUCCCAUCAUCAAGAAACUCUCUCUCUCUCAUAUUCCUACAAGUGGCCGUGACGAUGAUAACUCUCGUGUCAGCCGUUGGAUUUGGACAGCGCUGGAACGCGGUUUAUCGGAGCUACACCUGCACGCCACCCCACGCUGUCACGGUGUUUAUCUAUCGAGAGAGCUGUUCACGAGCAACACACUGGUGAAGCUCACACUCUCGGGUGAAUAUGCUCUUGAAGUCGAUCGUGUUUUUCUUCCAGCGCUCAAAUCGAUUUCUCUCUUAUCAACUUGGCUUGAUGGGCCCAACUAUGGUCGGCUCCUCGAUGGCUGCCCUGUCCUGGAAGACUUACUCAUAACUGAAACUCAUCGUUGGGCUCUGCCAUGCUGCGCAUCUUUCGUGGAAAGUGCAUCCCUCAGGCGGCUUGUGAUUACUGUUAAGCUUUCGGAUACUGAAGACACCACUGUUUUUUUAAAAGCACCAAGUCUUGUGUUCCUUGACUAUUCUGGUUAUGUCACCAGCGUGUAUGAUUUUGUCGAUUUGGAUAUGCUCGUCGAAGCCAAGCUGAAUCUCAUGUUAUGGGAUUCAAGCGUCUAUGAUGAGCAUCAUGAUGAUGAUUAUUAUGAUGAUGGACGGCCGGAAGGUAUAUCUGCUGAUAUUACACGUUUAGUUGCGGGUAUAAGCAACAUUAGGACCCUUCACUUGUCUCCUGAGUCUCUUGAGUUGUUUCAUCUCUGCUGUGAGUCCAUACCCGUGUUCAACAACCUCCUUACUUUAUCUAUCGAGAGUGACAAGGCACAUGGCUGGCAAGUGAUGCCUCUUCUGCUCGAGAGUUGUCCAAAUCUACACACUUUAGUCAUCAAGGGUCUUGUGCACAGAGUAACAAAUAGAUGCGGAGAUGCAUGCCCUUGCAGCCCUGAGGAGCAUAAGAAUAAGAAGAGGAGAACUGUAAAGGAUGAGGAAGAAAGUUGUUGUUUAUCGACAUGUCAUGUGAAGGUGCUAGAGAUUUCAGAGUAUGGAGGUUCUUUUCAAGAGCUUAAACAGAUGAGACAUUUCUUGGGCAAGUUGGAAUGUCUUGAAACCGUGAAAGUUUGUGUUGACGCAGACGAGAAUAACAACAACCGUGAAGUCUUGCAAGCUAAUCUGCUGUCUCUCCCAAGACUUUCAUCCAAGUGCAACAUCAUGUUCAUCUAAUUUUGCAGUGACACAGCGAUUCCAGCCGUUGUCGAAACUCUAAACACCAGUGAACCGUUCGCUAGGAACCUUGUAUGUGUGUGAUCUUUUUGUCCAUAUGCCGUUGUUUGUAGUAGAACCAACAUUGUCUUUGCCCACAAACCUAUUUCCUUUGGUAUCUGGACGAUCGCACCAAUGAACAAAUUGAUGAACUCUUUGCCUUUGACUGAAGUAUUGUUGAUACUUUACGUUUAUUUUUCUGUU